CAAGACUAUUGCACAGUAUUUAAGCAAUAGACUGAGUAUAGACUGAGUCUUCUGGUUGACAGUCGACUGAAGCUUUAUUAGUCUUCCCACCACAAGUGCCAAUUUCUGUUAAACCCUGCCAGUGCAAUCAACCCUGUCUGCAAAUUAUUCUACAUUGUCUGCAUCCUGGAUUGACCACCACGAAGCAGGAAUUUUGCUGUUUGCAUUAUAUUUGAUGAUGUUCUCCACUGCCACAUCCAGGCCAUCUAGUGCCCAGAAAAUGUCACAGACAAACAUGUGGCACCACGACAACUGGCAAGAGUGCUGAAAACAGAAAUGUGUAUCCAUGAAUUGGUCCAGAUGACAUGCAUCUUUGAGAAUUAGGUUUCCCAGUGUAAAACACCACACUGAAUUUCAAGGCCUCAAGGCUGUCUGCCUAUGCAAGUAAAAAAUAUCUGAAUGCCAGGGUGAUGGAUAUGGAAAAGAAUAGGAGUAGAUUAUAGAGUCUUACAAAAUGAUAGAGCAGCACAACAAAUCAAUGCGCUUUGGGGUUGCUGGUGAAGCGGCUGUUCUUCCCCAGCAGCAGCAGCAGCGGCGGCGGCGGCAGCAGCGGCAGCAGCAGCACAGGCAAUGACUCUGCCGCAUCCGAAUCGCCUGGCCGGUGGCGCCGGCUCCAGAGACAUCACCUUGCUCUGAAGUUGCCCACCUGGAGGAGGUAAAUCGGAGCUGGGCUUUCGUCCAGAGGGGUCGGCGACGGCGGGGAAGAGGAGGGAGUGAUCGCCUCCCCCAUCCCCACACACUCUCGUCCUCCGGGAGGAAGCUUGUGUAGCAGAAGAACACGGCAAAAAAGGAAAGACUUUUACUUCUUUCUAUUUUUUCUUUUUAAUUUUUCUUUGCUUGAGGGACGUCCGUGCCUCUCGUCCGGCCCCCUUUUCCUCCUGGCUGGGGGCUUUGGUACUGUGGCCAGGUCUGCUUCCUACUCCCACCUCUGGUUUUAAUGGCUGGAUUGUGGCAGCAGCUCCCUGCUGCAGGUUGUUGAGGAUCUGAUGGGGACUCGCAUCUCAGGAGCCGGAGGUGACUAAAGAAAUGUUGAAUACAGUACUCUGCAAAAAAUAACGUGUGGAUUUCUCGAACCUGAAGAACAAGAAAAGGUCUCAGACUCUGGAUACUGGCUGUGGGAUUUUUUUUUAUUAUUAUUAUUAUUUUUGAUUGUUUUUUUUUUCCCUGUUUUUGGAUGUGAAUUGAAGGCCAACAACAGUUGAAGUGUUGGAAGCAAGUGCAGGAGGACGCUCACCUUUUUAUUUGAAGCCUUGUUUGCUGGGAUACUUUCAAGCUCUCCUUCACAGUCAUGUGGUCAUCACAGCUGCUGUUCUUCACAAUGCUCUUAACACCGUUUGCCCAUGCCUGGAUUUCUUUUAAAACAGCUUUCAGCCGUGCCCCAGUGCCCAUGGCUGUGGUCCGAAGGGAGCUGUCCUGCGAGAGUUACCCCAUCGAGCUGCGCUGCCCGGGAACAGAUGUUAUCAUGAUCGAAAGUGCCAACUACGGCAGGACUGAUGAUAAAAUCUGUGACUCUGAUCCUGCUCAGAUGGAGAAUAUCCGCUGUUAUCUGCCAGAUGCCUAUAAGAUUAUGACUCAAAGAUGCAGUAAUCGGACCCAGUGUGCGGUUGUUGCCGGCCCUGAUGUGUUUCCAGACCCGUGCCCCGGGACGUACAAGUACCUGGAAGUGCAGUAUGAGUGUGUCCCUUACAUUUUUCUUUGCCCUGGACUGCUGAAAGGAGUUUACCAGAGCGAACACUUAUUCGAGUCUGACCACCAGUCGGGCGCCUGGUGCAAGGACCCUCUGCAGGCCUCUGACAAGAUCUACUACAUGCCCUGGACGCCGUACCGGACAGACACACUGACGGAAUACUCCUCCAAGGACGACUUCAUCGCCGGGAGGCCGACCACCACCUACAAGCUCCCGCACCGGGUGGACGGCACGGGGUUCGUGGUGUACGACGGGGCUUUGUUCUUCAACAAGGAGCGGACCAGGAACAUCGUCAAGUUCGACCUGCGGACCAGGAUAAAGAGCGGGGAGGCGAUCAUCGCCAACGCCAACUACCACGACACCUCUCCCUACCGCUGGGGAGGCAAGUCCGACAUAGACCUGGCCGUGGACGAGAACGGGCUCUGGGUAAUCUAUGCAACAGAACAGAAUAAUGGCAAAAUAGUCAUUAGCCAGUUGAACCCUUACACGUUAAGGAUCGAAGGGACGUGGGAUACUGCCUAUGACAAGAGGUCAGCUUCUAAUGCCUUCAUGAUCUGUGGGAUUUUAUAUGUGGUGAAGUCUGUGUACGAAGACGAUGACAAUGAAGCCACAGGGAAUAAAAUAGACUACAUAUAUAACACUGACCAAAGCAAGGAUAGCAUGGUGGAUGUGCCCUUUCCAAACUCCUACCAGUACAUUGCUGCUGUGGAUUAUAAUCCCCGGGACAACCUCCUGUAUGUAUGGAACAACUAUCACGUUGUAAAAUACUCCUUGGAUUUUGGCCCGCUGGACAGCAGAGCAGGGCAGGCUCACCACGGGCAGGUUUCCUACAUUGCCCCACCGAUCCACCUGGAUUCGGAUCUGGAGAGACCGCCAUCCAAGGGAGUAUCCACAUCGGGGGCUCUGGGCCCGGGAAGCACCACGGCCAGCACCACGCCGCGGGUGGCCACCAGCACCACGGGCCGCACCACCACCACGUCGGCCUCGGGCAGGAGGAACAGGAGCACCAGCACGCCGUCCCCCAUGGCCGAUGUCCCCGAGGAAAUGACCACGCACCUGCCACCCGCCUCCUCCCAGCUGCCGCCCACCGGGGCGGAGAGCUGCGACCCCAUGGAAGCCCGCGACAUCAUGUGGUCCCGGACUCGGCAGGGCCAGCUGGCAAAGCAGCCCUGUCCCUUGGGCUCCAUAGGUGUUGCAACUUUCCGGUGUCUCUCACCUGACGGUAUCUGGGAACCCCAAGGACCUGAUCUUAGCAACUGCUCUUCACCCUGGAUCAACCACAUCACUCAAAAGAUGAGGUCGGGGGAGAUGGCAGCCAACAUUGCACGGGAGCUGGCGGAGCACACCAGGAACCACCUGUACGCCGGGGACAUCGCCUACUCCGUGUCUGCCAUGGUGCAGCUCGUCAACCUGCUGGACGUGCAGCUCCGGAACCUGACUCCCGGCGGGAAGGACAGCGCCGCCCGCAGCCUAAACAAGGCCAUGGUGGAGACGGUGAACAACCUCCUGCAGCCGCAGGCUCUGAACGCGUGGAGGGACCUGAACGCGAGCGAGCAGCAGCGCGCGGCCACCAAGCUGCUGGACACGGUGGAGGACAGUGCCUUUGUGCUGGCUGACAACCUGCUGAAGACAGACAUCGUCCGGGAGAACACUGACAACAUCCAGCUGGAAGUUGCGAGACUAAGCACAGAUGGGAAUCUGGAAGAUCUGAAGUUUCCCCAGAACAUGGGCCAUGGAAGCGCCAUUCAGCUGUCAGCAAAUACCUUGAAGCAAAAUGGUCGAAAUGGUGAGAUCAGGGUGGCUUUUGUGCUGUACAACAACCUGGGCACCUAUCUCUCCACGGAGAAUGCCAGCAUGAAGCUGGGAACAGAAGCAAUGUCGACCAAUCACUCUGUCAUUGUCAACUCCCCUGUCAUCACGGCAGCAAUAAAUAAAGAGUUCAGCAAUAAGGUUUACCUGGCUGAUCCUGUGGUGUUUACUGUCAAGCACAUCAAGCAGUCAGAAGAAAAUUUUAACCCAAACUGUUCAUUCUGGAGCUACACGAAGCGUACGAUGACAGGGUAUUGGUCCACCCAGGGCUGUCGCCUCCUGACAACUAACAAGACACACACCACGUGCUCCUGCAACCACCUCACCAACUUUGCAGUCCUGAUGGCACAUGUGGAAGUUAAGCACAGCGAUGCAGUCCACGACCUGCUCCUGGACUUCAUCACAUGGGUUGGCAUCCUGCUUUCACUUGUCUGCCUCCUGAUCUGCAUCUUCACCUUCUGCUUCUUCCGUGGGCUGCAGAGCGACCGCAACACGAUUCACAAGAACUUGUGCAUCAGCCUCUUCGUGGCAGAGCUCCUCUUCCUCAUCGGCAUCAACCGGACUGACCAGCCGAUUGCCUGCGCCGUCUUUGCUGCCCUCCUGCACUUCUUCUUCCUGGCAGCUUUCACCUGGAUGUUCCUGGAGGGUGUGCAGCUGUACAUCAUGCUGGUGGAGGUUUUUGAGAGCGAGCACUCCCGGAGGAAGUAUUUCUACUUGGUGGGGUAUGGCAUGCCUGCGCUGAUUGUGGCCGUGUCGGCAGCAGUGGACUACCGGAGCUACGGCACGGACAAAGUAUGUUGGCUCCGACUUGACACCUACUUCAUUUGGAGCUUUAUAGGACCAGCGACCUUGAUAAUUAUGCUUAAUGUCAUCUUCCUUGGGAUUGCUCUCUAUAAAAUGUUUCAUCAUACUGCCAUACUGAAACCUGAAUCUGGAUGUCUUGACAAUAUCAAGUCCUGGGUUAUAGGUGCAAUAGCUCUGCUCUGCCUAUUAGGACUGACCUGGGCAUUCGGACUCAUGUAUAUUAAUGAAAGCACAGUCAUCAUGGCGUAUCUCUUCACCAUAUUCAAUUCUCUGCAGGGAAUGUUUAUAUUCAUUUUCCAUUGUGUCCUCCAGAAAAAGGUACGUAAAGAGUAUGGGAAAUGCCUGCGCACACAUUGCUGUAGUGGGAAAAGUACAGAGAGUUCCAUCGGCUCAGGAAAAACCUCGGGGUCAAGGACGCCUGGAAGAUAUUCCACAGGCUCACAGAGCCGGAUUCGUAGGAUGUGGAAUGACACAGUUCGAAAGCAGUCCGAGUCUUCCUUUAUUACUGGAGAUAUAAACAGUUCAGCUUCACUCAACAGAGAAGGCGUAAGGACGCCCAAGCAGGAGCCGGUCUUCAGGCGAGUCACCAUGGAGGACAGUGUCAUCUAGCGCCUGGGGACCCUGAGCCUGCCCCGGCCAGCCCGUGCCAGUGCGCCACCUCAGCUCCUCUGUGCCUCAGCCCACCCAUCCCUCACUUGGGAUCGCGCUACAGGACAGGCUGGAGAAGCUGGCCUCGGCCAAACCCUCAGCAAACCCUUGCAUCCCCAAGGAGAGAGCAGCCCGGCUGAGAUUCCCGGUGUCCCGUGCACGGCAGCACCCUGGGAUGUGCCCUCAGCGUUUGGCCGCUCGUCUCUUUUGUGAAGAUGAGCAGAGCAGGUGAAAAUUGUCUUUUGUGAUAAGAAAUUGGUUUCACCUGCUCCGAACAUUGACUUUGCAACUUGAUAACACUUAAAAAAUGGCCGAGUGUGCUUAAUCCGCCAUCCUGAGCCUCUCUCCACACUCUCAGGCUGGGCUGUAUAAAGGGGAACCUGCCGGAUCCAGGUUGCUGUUGUAAAUACAGACCUGUCAGUGCAAAGAGCCAACCAGGGAAGGACCAGAGGGACAGAGAAGUAGUCCUGACACCAGGAGAAGCUGAAUGUGCCAGCAGAGUACUGUCAAGCGAAGCUGUUGCUUGUAAAUAGGGACCGGCGCAUGUGUCCAGCAGCAGCAGCUCCACUUGGCCAAAGCUUCUCGGGGGAAAGCUGCUCAGAUUUUAUUGUCUUGUGUAAAUAGAAAUAUUUUUUUGAGGGAAAAAAAAAAAAAGAGCCUUAGUAUCUUGAAGAUAGCGUUUCUCAAUCAGCUCAGCUGGGGAUGGAUAUAUGGGAACCCACGGGAUCUGCCUGCUGGAGGCUGGCGUGGGCUCUCACAGCCAAGCUCUGCCAUCACUGCAGGAGACACCUGAAGGAGGAUGGACCUGUCUAGCAGAGGAUUCAGCAGACAUUCCUCCCCAGUCCCUGUCAACAGGGUGAACUCAUCGGUCCCAUGGUCUCCGCUGAUGUAAAUAAUCAGCUACAGCCCACAGAGGACUUGGACUGCUUGGUGCAGUUGUGGGAGGGGGGAGGGUGGGAUGGGCAGAAAUCAUCAGAGGGAUGCAAACCCCAUCAGCGUGGUGAUCCCCAGGCUUUUAGCAUUAGUUAAAAAAAAAAAAAAGGAAAAAAGGAAAAAGAAAAAAACAAACCCUGAAAGCUUAUUAAUGGCUUAGGGCCAACUGUUCGGCUGGGUAAAUGGAGGCAUGCCUAGACAUGUUCUGUGUUCAUGUCAGCCAGUGCCUGUCUGUGCAGUUGUCUGUCUGUGAAAACGCGUGUGCAAGGCUGUGUCUGGUUUGGGGGCCUGCCAGCCAGUGCAGGUCCCUGUGUCUGUGUAGCUGUGUCCAUGAGAGAGGAGAGAAAAUGGAUGUGUGUGUUGUACUGCCCUUUAUCCACCCAAACACAUUGGAGGAGUCAUAAGUAACGCUGCAAGGUCCAGCUUUAGCAGCAUGAGUGGGGAGCAGUGUGCACACCUCUCCAGGGAAUGAGGCUUUGCAGGCAGGGGAUGGUUAGCUGAGUGAGAGCUGAUAAAUCUCUGCUCUGCAUUGAGUUGUCAUCCACUGUCCCCUGCUGUGGCGCUGGCAGGAUGGUUCCUCCUGGAAGUUGGACAGGAGCUUUGGGGUUUCCCUUUCAUCAUUCACCGCCCAAAACUUACUUAUGCCUUAUUCACUCUGAGUCUACCUGUUCGGAUUCAGUGCAGGGAAAUUAGGAAAAGAGAAUGAAAUUAGUAAAAAGCCCAUACAUGAGAAGAAAACAGAUAUUUUCAAAAAUUACCCCCAAAAAUUUUUCUCUGGACAUAGAAGUCUCUCUUCAGCGUAGCAUUUUGGAGGAAAGCCGUGCCAAGGUGAAGUGUCUUCCCCAUGAAAAAGCCAGAUAGCAUGAAACAACUGUUGCACUAUUUAGCACAGCAUUGGGGCCAAAGCCCCUUUAGCUUUGCAAGGAAGGGGCAGUGGGCAAUCAACAGAAAUUGGAAGCUGCCUCAGAUUCCUGAGGGGUGUAGGCAUCUAGAGUGGUAAUUUGCUUGCAGUGGUCCAAGAUGAGCUGCAGGGAGUCUUUUCCACUUGAAUACUUGAAUACCUCCUGUCAUCCAGCUGUGUGUGUUACCAUUAACACCUAACAACUGCCAGUGCCAAGUGAUUUAUAUAUUUAUCAGGACAUUUUUUAAUUUAUCCCACCAGUGCAUGGGAGGCACUGUGCUUUCAUCUGCCACGUGUGGACACCUCAUCCUUUGCCCACUUCUCCAGCCUUGUAUAGUGUCCCCAGGCAAGGUGACCAUCAUCCUGGGAAUGUGGUUUCCUCCCCAGUGAAGGCUGUUAACCUUUUUUCCAGGGAGAAAAAUAGUGAAAGAUAUGAGCAACACACCCUGACUUUGUGCUGGAAAUGUGCUGAAAGUCAGCCAGUGUAUUGGCAAAGUAAGUAACUGCAAAAUGUUUGGAAGUUCACGAUCUUUCACAGAUAUGAGGAGACCAUUCUUAUGGUUUCUAGGGCCCCGAAGGGCAAUGCUAAAUCCUGAACCCAAGGCUUCCUGACCCUGGGGAGGUUAGAGGUGCAGCAUGGAGAAAACUUAGGGGCAGCAAUUACAGGAAAGAAGAUACUCCCUGGUUUUAUUAGAUUGCAGAAAGCAGAACUCCCCUAGUUGGGUUGAGUGGUGGAUUUUUUAAUAGUUCUCACUAUUAGUUCCUCUUCCCAGACAAUCCCAUCAUCCUGUACCUUAAACCCUUGCCUUUCUGUCUAGAAGUUAUUCUUGGAGGCGUUAACAACAACCUUCAAAGUUUCUCUCUCUCUCCAACCCUAAAAGAGGCUGACACCCCACAACUGACAGUUGUGAAGAUGAGCCAGACCAACCCCAAGUCCUAAUAAAAAUGAUGAAUCCCAUCCACUGCAUCCAUAUUGAUGGCACACAGAUCACACGUGGAGAUGAGCAGUGAGGAGGGGGAGGCAGAUAAUCACUGAAAAUUGUGUGUGGGAGGUGCUGUUACCAAACCCACCUGGCAGAGUUUUGAUUUAAUCCAGCCCUGAGUCAAUACUGAUUGACAUUUCACUUGCUUUCCACAUCGUAACUGGACUUCCUUACUCCUCAGGCAUGGAAUGAAUCUUAAUACAUUGUAAUUACUGUACUCCUGGUGGUGAACCGGUAUGAAAAGCUAUCACAGAAAGCAUUAAUAAAAUGUACAUUAUGAAAAAGAA